AUGCUUGCCCACAUCCUCUGGCUGUUUUGUCUGGUGCUGCUGUCUUCCUCUUUGAAGACUCUGGACUCGGCCAAAGCUCUACAGGACAGUGGCUUCGGCCGCCCACCGCCCCGACACGGACUGCCGCUGCUCCAAUGGUAUGCUGAAAGCUGUCUGGACAACAACAUGCUCGCCCUCGGUCACCCGGAUAAAGGAGAAUAUGGUUUUCACAAGUUUGAGAACCAUGGGGAUAAACCGCUUCUGCCGGCCUACCUCAAAAGCCAAAUGGUGGAAUUAAUGGAUAUCAACUUUGAGUAA